AUGAAGGCGUUUCGCGGGUCCGACGGGCGAGUGCGGCUGUUCCGGCCCGAGCUGAACAUGGAGCGCAUGCUGGGCUCGGCCGAGCGCACGUGUCUGCCGGCCUUCAGCAAGCGAGAGCUCCUGGCCUGCAUCAAAGAGCUGUUGCGAGUCGACAGGGCGUGGGGCACUCUUGGGGUGGACAGGCCAAGAGACGCGCUGCUCUUUGUCAUCAUGAGCCCAGUGCAGAGCUACUUUGAGGACGCGACCACUGCUGUCCACCUCCUGGCUGACGGACGCUACAUCCGGUCCUCGUACGGCGGCGUCGGCGACCACAAGAUGGCGUGCAACUACGCUGCGCCGCUGCGAAUCCAGGAAGAGGCCAAGAAGUUGGGCUACCCCUCAGUGCUGUGGCUGCACGGCGAAGACGCGAGGAUCACCGAGGCCGGCACGAUGAACGUUUUCUUUGUGCUGGAAUUAUCCAAAGGCGAGAGGGAGCUAGUGACGCCGCCGUUGGACGGACUCAUCCUGCCGGGCGUGUAUCGGCAGUCUGUGAUUGAGCUCGGCUCUGCUGUCGCCAAUUGCAAAGUCAGCGAGAGGGUUUUCACUAUGCAAGAUCUCGUCAAGGCGUCGUCCCAGGGUCGGUUGCUGGAAGCCUUUGGAACGGGGACAGCGGCGUCCAUAGCCCCAAUAGGUUCCAUUCAUUACAAAGACAGGUGCACCAUUGAAAUUCCAACACUGUCGCAAAAGGCGCCGCUUUACCGACAGCUCCAUCAGUCACUUAGCGACAUCCAGUUUGGCAGAGUUGCUCAUGAAUGGGCAGACAUUGUGUGAAGCCCCAAUAACUGCAUGUUGUCCUACACUGUUGGAGGUUAUUGCAAAAUGAAUUCAAUCUCAACUCAAGACA